GGGCAACAGCUGGUCUUGUGCACCAGAGAGCCGCUGCAGCUUCACACACUCUGAGCAGAAGCAGAGGCAGAGGAAGAAGUGGAGGAGGCGGAAGAAUGGUAAAGAGACAGAAGAUUAUUUUGAACACUGGAAUGUGCCUGACUCGUGCUGCUAUUGUGGUGCUGAAGGGACAGCGACGUCAACAGGCUCGCUUCAAGGAGCUGACCGGUUCUGAAGGACCUGACACAGGAGAGGAAUUUUAACAGUAACAAAAACUGGGACCUUUUCUUUUUCUAAUUUUCUAAAAAAAACAUAUUUAACACUCUUGGAAUGCCCAUAACUACGUUUUCCGGGAGAAGAAACUUUUUAAACAAAUUUUCAUAAAGUGUGAAUUGGUAGGCGUGUGUGUGUGUGUCUGCCAUCAUGCCUCGCUCUUUCUUGGUUAAGAAAGUCAAGCUGGAUGACAUUUCAGCCGCCGACCUGGAGAGCUCCUACUGUCACGGUCGACGUGGGGAAUUGAGCCUGCGAUUUCAUCAUCAUAAAGGUUACCAGCGGGAUUAUCUGAGUCCGUCCCCGUAUGACGACCCGGUGCGCAGCGACAGGCCCGCCAUCUCCAAAGCUCCAAAUUCCCCACCCCGCCCGUCCAUCAUCUACAGCCGCAUUGACGGCGGCUACGUGGGCGGCCUCCACGGCGACAUCAACGGAGACUCGGACCAGCCGGACAGCCCCCGCUCGGAGGUGUCGUCGGCGGCCAGCGGCUACAUCAAUGGGGAAACGGCCAUCGGCGAGGCCUACUCCGUGGACGCCUUCUUCAUCGUGGACGGCCGUUCGAGACGGAAGGCGGCCGGGACGGCGGCCGCAGACGGCGCGGGCAGACCCGGAGCCCAGAGGCACUCGUGCGGCGAAUGCGGCAAGACGUACGCGACCUCUUCCAACUUGAGUCGCCACAAGCAGACGCACCGCAGCAUGGACAGCAAGAUGGCCAAGAAGUGCCCGACGUGCGGCAAGGUGUACGUGUCCAUGCCCGCCAUGGCCAUGCACCUGCUGACGCACGACCUCAAGCACAAGUGCGACGUGUGCGGCAAGGCCUUCAGCCGCCCGUGGCUGCUGCAGGGUCACAUGCGCUCGCACACGGGCGAGAAGCCCUUCGGCUGCGCGCACUGCGGCAAGGCCUUCGCCGACCGCUCCAACCUGCGCGCGCACAUGCAGACGCACUCGGCGUUCAAGCACUACAAGUGCAAGCGCUGCAACAAGACCUUUGCGCUCAAGAGCUACCUGAACAAGCACUACGAGUCGGCGUGCUUCAAGGGGGCCUUCUCGCCCAUCGGGUCGCUCGGAGAGUGACCCUCGAACGUUUUCGCCACCCAGAUGCUUCCAGGCGUGAACUCGUCUUCCAUCCAUGAAUUCUGCGAGGGCUCGGAUUGCGCCCUGUAUGGUUCGGUCAGGCGGUUACCGUAAGGCGGGGGGGUGGGCCGGACGUUUGGGCUUCGGUGGGGACUUACCCUACCUAAUUCACCUCUUAAUACCACCACUAUCACAUUGCAGUGAGAAAAUCCAUCACUAUAUUUGACAAAAAGCCAAUACAACAGCAAGCACCUCUGCCGCAGAGAUCAUGUGCAGUAGUUCCGAAUCAAUAUUUAUCCAAUAACAUGAAGAAAAAAAAAGGAAAGAAUACAUUAUAAUCAGCUGAGAGGGUGACUAUCAAAUAAAGUGUGCACAUGGCCUCAGAUGUCAAUCAAGUCAAACUUGGCUUGUUCUGAAGUCAUCGAGAGACAGCGCUCUAACCUUGCGAUAAGGAAUUUGAAAUAUGAUUGCUUCAAGAAACAGUCCAAUUGCCAAUGUAGUUUAAGGAACAUCAACCAGCACGACUGAUUCUCAAGCAGAUGAAAUUGACAUCGCAACACAGCAACUGAAAUCUGAUUGGACAAGCAAUAAACAGUGCAGCCCAUGUGAUAAAGCAAAUAGACUUUUGAGAAUGAAAAUGAACAUAAUUUCUAUAAUAUUCACAAAUAUUAGAAUAUAGGUUUAAAAUUUAGGACAGUGCUUCUUGAUAGAAUUUAGGCCUUGCUGACAUUAACCCUCCACCAUUGUUCGACAAAGUAUAUCUGGUACCUUGCGCGGUAGAAAUAAACACUGGAAAUAAUCCACAAAGUUGGGGCAACAAAAAAAAAUCCACUUGGUCACGCACGGCUACAUGAUUUUAUAAUCAGUGCUGGGCAUUUAUGUCGUAUUCAUGACACAUCUUGACCAAAAGAAAUCAACAUAGUGACUAGAAAUAGCACAUGGAGUUAAAAAAAAAAAUCUAUGGCACGCCUCCAGGCACAGAUACGUGCAAAGCCAGUCAAGCAUGAUAAUCGGUCACCUUGCACAAGAAACACAACAACUCAAAAUAAUCUACCGAGUCUUCUCAGUCCCAUGCGGUCACAUCUGCAGUGUACGUGUCAUUGAUGAUAUCCGUCAGCAUGCUCAAUAGAACAGAAUCGGGACUCGAAAUAAUCCACAUGAUAAAAUAAUAAGAAUAAUAAUUAAAUUGGCAACUCACACGACAUGUGCAAUGUAUAAGUCAUAAGAUUAUGACAAUUGCCAGAACGCACAACAGAAAUAAACAAUACCACUACAAAUAAUCCACAAAGUUAAAAAAAAUAAAUAAAAAAGACUAAACCACAACACUCACACCCAUCUUGAACAAUAGUAACAACAAAACAACUGGAUCAUCAGCCCAGUCAAAAAUAGCCCACUGAGAAGCUGUAAGGGCAGAUAAACAAAGCACGGCACAUCAAGCUCAUCAUAACCCAUUAGCGUAAUAGCACAAGCAAGCACAACAGUAUCGCAAGCGAGACCGUCUGUCUUCUUGUUGGAUCCAAGCAUAAGCAAGCAAAGCAGACAGGUAACAAAACAGAACAAACAAAAAAACACACAAGGGUAUUUAUUUAUUUAUUUAUUUGCUGUUUAAAGGAGAUGUUGCCAAACUGUGGCUUGAGACCCAAAAUGGGCCCUUUUUUUUUAAAAUUAAUUGGAAAUUCACGUCAUCUGUUGGUUUUUGACAAUGGUUUCUACCCACUACGUGGUAAUACUACGGCAAUACGUUUAAUAUUGAACUGAUUAAAAGAUUGUCUUGGAUGCCAAUGUUAGUGGAGACAUUCAAAAUGUCAAGGGCUAACAUUCAAGGGAACUGGAGAAUUCUGGAGAGAAAAAAACAAAAAACAAAACAUACCACGCAGUAUUCCGCUAUUUAUUGAUUUAUGUAUUGAUGCCAUUAAUUUGCACUUUAUUUUGCCUUCUGUUUGGAAUAUGCCAAAGCAUUUGACACUUUUUAAUUUAUUUCACCUUUUUUUUACUAUUUUUUGUUUGUUUGACAUUUUCAUGAAAACCUGCAUGCAAAAAAAGGUGACAACAGCCUAGCAACGAAAAACUAUGCCAAUGUUCUCAAUAUUUUAGUUGCCAAAAAAAAAAGCUACAUUUACUUUGUUUUUUAUUCUUCACAUCGGAUCAAGCAAUAAUGCAAUUUUUUUCAGAUCAAUAGUUUUUUUCCGUUAUUGUAUGUGUAGUGAUGAUACAUGACGAAAUAUCAGGGAGUUUGCAAACCACGGAGGCUAUAUCUACAGUAUUUACAUCGAUAUAUUUACAUUAAGUGUCUCACACACACACACACAACACACACACACACGCACACACUGCUGUGAUCCUUUUGAGGCCUUCUCCGCUGAGGCGAUUAAUCGGGGACACGAUAUGCAUGAUAGUUAUGGACUGGAGAGCUUUUUUCCUUUUUUUUUUUUUUGUACGUGCUUUUUAUGCACUGCCUGCCUUGUAUUAGCCUAAAAGUAUUCGUAGAAGAACGUAGAGGAUACUACGGUUCAACCUCUGGUGCUGGAACAUGGAUUGUUCUUAUUGUGAAAAAUGUAAAAACAACAACAUACCUUUUCGCAAGUUAGCUGGUCGAACAAAGCAGAUGCGAUAUUCUGACGAUAUCUUGCCAAUUGCAAGAAUGGGAGAGCCAUCUAUGACACGGUAUCAAAGGACGGGGACAUUCUUCAAAAGCUGUCGGACUGGAAAAAAACCCCGGCAAUGUUACUAAAAUAAACACACUUGUCAGACAAAGCUAAUUUGGAGAGGAAAAAUGUCGCAAUGCUCGGACAGUGAAAUCAUAAUUUAGUGUUGUGGAACGUAGUUAUUGAAAACACGACAUUAUUAAAAACAUCUUUGUAUUGGUCCUUUGGUGUGGAUAGAUGACACUAAUGUAUGAAAGAAAAAAAUGUCGACAUCGCACGAUGAUACCUCAGAGUAAAAAAAAAAAGUUUGAGUUAGCAGUCAACGUUUCAGCACCAGAGAGAGCCGACCAAACACUUUUAGAAGACACUACUGUAGCCUAUAAUAGCCACGAGUUAGUCGACCUAUUCUUAUGAAAGCACUUCUUGUUCCUCGUACCAAUUGUAACUUCUUCAAAAGUUCUCUUAUUUUUGGGUUGGUUGUUUGUUUUUUUUAAUUUUUAUUUCCAAUGUGAAUAGCACAAUAAGAGUUUAGAGAUUCAGGUAGACGGCGCCUUGUUUGUAGAAAGAAGGACCGCAGUCUCAUUUUUCUACUAGAAAGGAUGACAACGUCACCAAUGAAUUUUACGACAUGCCCCUUUUCUAGAUAUUCAAUAUUUUCAAGCCUUGUAAAUAAGCACCGAAUGGACUGAUGGAUUAUUUCUAGAGCUCUGUUACUGUAAAGCGUGAUGAUGAUGAUGACGAUGAUGAUGAUUUUUCCAGAGCUUCCGAAUUCUUGGUGGGUGGGCGUUCUAUUCGGGUCCUCUAAUGUAAAGCACAAAAAUAACACUGGGCAUUCCCCCCGUCCUCCCCUUUCACUUAUUAAGAAUAAAAGAUAGUUUCAAUGUAAAA